GAGCAUUUAAACGAAGGAAGGAUGGCUUUGAAGAAUUUGUCCAAAGAAAUAUAAGUUGGAUCCCCGCACCCGUUCUUCUGUACACCUGCUUGCUUUUCCCUCGAAUUACACACUACAUCGAGCCAAGCAAACAACAUCUCCAAAUCUACCCAGAGUCUCUUGCUCCAGCUUUCAACGCGUUAUCUCCCACAUCUAACUCUCUCAAUGGCAACCGAAACAGAAAAUCCUUCAACCGCCGCCGCCAUCACCGUCGAAGAUAACCCUAGCAAAACCCUAGACACGGCAGUCCCUGCUUCUACCAAGCCAGAUCGAGUCCAAGAUUCUACCAACACUGCAUCAUCUACCGUUGACUCAGCUACAGAAGGGCCCAUGCAGGGCGCCGAUAAUUCAAAGAGCGCUGCCCCGGCCACCGAUACUGACAAGAAGAUCCGCCGUGCUGAGCGGUUUGGAAUUACUGUUCAGCUUUCCGAGAAAGAGAAGCGCAAUUCUCGUGCUGAAAGGUUUGGCACUGGAUCGCAGGGGCCAGGGUCAGAGUCAGACUCAGUGAAGAAAUCAGAGGAGCUGAAGAGGAAGGCUAGAGCAGAGAGGUUUGGGAUUCCUGUGCCACCCACAGCUACUGCUGAGGAGACGAAGAAGAAAGCUCGUCAUGAAAGAUUGGCACCGGCUCCAAAAAUAGAUGCACUUGAAGAAAACAAAAGGAAGGCAAGGGCUCUCAGGUUUUCACAAAGUUCAUCUGAUUCCCUAUCAAUGAAUGGCAAGGGGGAUCUUGAGCCAAAGGCAGCUAUUGCAGGCAAGGCUGGUGGAGGGUCUUGAAAAGAGAUUUCCUUUGAUAAUUUUUAGGUUUAGUGUUAUAACAUGAGAGAUUCUCUUAGUGGCUUCUAUUCUCAUUUUAUUUUUCCAACAAAAGAACUCCCAGAUGCAGCACUCUUUAUUCUUGGAUAAUUAUCUACAGGGCAUUUGACAGGAUUUUGGCACCUCUCAUUUCAGACUACCUAUGUCAUUUACCCGGGGCGUAGACGAAUCAACAGGGACUUUGAGUGUUCACUUUUCUCAAAAUCUUCUAAAAAUAUCAGAAGUUCUGAAUUUUGAAUCUAGGAAAUUUUUUAAUAUUUUAAGCCUAUUUAAAGAAAGUAUCAAGUGAUCUUUUUUCUGCUGGACUACAUUACUGUGAUAAGGAUGCGUUGCUAGUGUCUUGUAUAUUCAUGAAGCUGCUUAUGCAUGAUCCAGUAUUACAUGAGUAUUGAGUAGAUAAUGUGUUGCAUCAUAUCAUUCAUGACAUUGAGAUUUCAAACAUGUUUCUUACUUCACUGAGAAUUGGGGAUGAUUCUUAUGACUUAAUAAGUGAUCCAGAGAAUGGGCAAUUAUGAAUAAAAUUAUGGAGUCUUAUUUUGGUUGAUGCAAGCAUUUAUCCAUGGACCAUGGUCAGUCUUUUGCUAUUUAGUGGCCAUUCGCCAGUCUUUUGCUAUUUAGUGGUCAUUGAAGCCUAUAACCUAAGCAAACAAGCUUUUGAGGUAAGCCUGCUUUUUUGAAUUAGAACAUUGGAGAAAGGCUGCAUUCUUUUUGUUUUGUAUGCAUGUAAAGCACGAAUAUGUUUUCAAUCCUUUAGAGAGUUCAGUGAACUAGAAUCAGUUUUUAUCCUUUCCUUUUUUAAAAAAAAAUUGUUUUGUUUUCAUUUGUGUUUCAUGCCAUGACUGUGCAUUAGAACAUGUUUCCAUAAACCAUGGAUGGAUUGGCUAAGUUCAUCCCAAAUUCCUGUGUUUACACAAUACUAUCAGGUGUUCUGAUGUGUAAGAUCUGGAUAUAGAUGCAUGUGCUACUUAAUGCAACGGAGUUUCAUGAGGUGUAAGGCUACUAUAGGAAAUGUUGUCUAGUUAGUUAUUCAGAAUUUCUGAUAUUCUUUCUGGUAUUUUGAGAUCAGUGAACACGCUUCGAAGGUGUUAUUGAUUAUUUUUUUCGGCCUCAUACUGAAUUGCUCUGCAAGGUAGACAACUGGGAAUGGAAGAUAUCUUGAUAAUUGGGCUGCUGAUUUAAGUGUCUCCAUUACAAAUUGUGAAAACACAGCAUCUGAAGUUGCAUCUGAAGUUCUUGUAAUUGAUAUUUAGGGAUGGAAAGACCAGGAUUAUUGGGAGAAUUUGUAGAAUUUCUUUUAAUUCUUUUGUUUCCUUUUCCAUAUUCGCAACUUUAUGUAUGUGUUUGGUGUUGAUUUCC